AUGUCUCCGUUGGGCAGACUACAACGAAUAGGGAUCCGGGAGUGGUUGAAGCCUGCCACGGUGUUACUCAUCGUCACCAUCACCCUGACGGUCACGGUCGAAGCCGGAAGUCUCUCGGCCGAGGAGCGUCACCCCGGAACUGGAAUCGCUGAGUCUCGGACGUUCGGGCGGAUCAGACGACUGCAGGCCAUGAUCGUUCCGGUGAUGUUCUUUCUGGGCGUGAUGAAGACACUGCUCGCGUUCCUGGUAGCCAUCAGCCUGAAGACGCUCUUCGUCGGUAUCUCGAUCCUGAUGAUCAACGUGGGUCUGGCCCUCGCGAAGGUGAUCGCAUUCUUCAAGUCCAAACACUCGUACGAUCAGCACGGCGGUGGUUGGUCGGGCGACAAGAACAUCCACGUGCAUAUCCACAACGAUGGCCACCAGCAUGGCGGCAUACCGGUGGAGUUCGACCACGCACCACCAGCGUCCCUGCUACACAACUCGGCCCCAAAUGUGUUCCCGAGCUACGGACCGCCGACCCUGGGCUCCUACAACCAGCGCAUCGGUUACCGGUCCCGGAUCGAUGAUACGGUGGAGCCGAUCUACGUAUCUUCGUCCACCGGCCACCAGGAGCGCCACCCGAAGGAGGUGAUCACGGACCGGGACCGACUGAACCAGAUCUAUGCCCAGUGGCGUCAGCUGCAAAAGAACGGACGAUAG